AGAAACAUGGAGGACACCGCUGGCAGUAAUCCCCAAUCUCUCGGAUUUACAGAGAAAUUAAAGUCUUGGCUCUCUUGGUCAUGGACCUACGUGUGCUUCAUUUGGUUCGGCAUGGUCCUGAUCAUGAUAUACGUCCUAUGGAGCCCGCUGAAACUGCAGGAAACUCUUACCUCAGCCUCAGUGUUUUUGAAUACACUGACCCCCAAAUUCUAUGUAGCUCUCACUGGAACCUCCUCUCUCAUCUCUGGACUCAUCCUUAUAUUUGAGUGGUGGUAUUUUCGUAAAUAUGGGACCUCGUUCAUUGAACAAGUGUCAGUGAGCCACCUGCGUCCUCUUCUGGGUGGAGUGGAGAGCAGCUCCACCACUGGUCUAUUCGCAUCAGUUAAUGGAGAGGCAGAGCCUAGGCCCAGUGUUUCAGAGUGUAAGGUCUGGAGGAACCCUUUGAAUCUGUUCAGAGGAGCAGAAUACAACAGGUACACCUGGGUGACAGGGAAGGAGCCCUUAACAUACUAUGAUAUGAACCUGUCUGCUCAAGACCAUCAGACCUUCUUCACAGGAGACACGCCGCAAUUAAGGCCAGAAGAUGCCGUGAUGCAGAAAGCCUGGAGAGAGAGAAAUCCUCAAGCCAGGAUCAGAGCAGCCUACCAGGCCAUCGAAAUGAACCAAGAAUGUGCUGCAGCCUAUGUGCUCCUAGCAGAGGAAGAAGCCACAACCAUCACAGAAGCUGAACGCCUCUUCAAAAAAGCACUAAGUAUCGCUGGAAAAGAUAUCAACUUACUGGUGUACAUUAAACGCAGACUGGCAAUGUGUGCACGUAAACUGGGCCGGAUUAAAGAAGCGGUGAAAAUGAUGAGAGAUUUAAUGAAGGAGUUCCCUCUGUUGGGAAUGUUAAAUAUACACGAAAACCUCUUGGAGGCACUUCUAGAGCUUCAGGCAUAUGCUGAUGUCCAAGCAGUCCUUGCCAAAUACGAUGACAUCAGCUUGCCAAAAUCAGCCACUAUAUGCUACACAUCUGCACUGUUGAAAGCACGGGCUGUAUCAGAUAAGUUCUCUCCAGAGGCGGCGUCACGGCGAGGGCUAAGCACAGCAGAGAUGAACGCUGUGGAGGCCAUACACAGAGCUGUUGAGUUCAAUCCACACGUGCCAAAGUACUUAUUAGAGAUGAAGAGCCUGAUCCUCCCUCCAGAGCACAUCUUGAAGAGGGGUGACAGCGAGGCAGUGGCGUAUGCUUUCUUCCACCUGCAGCACUGGAAGAGGGCAGAGGGAGCCUUAAACCUACUACACUGCACCUGGGAAGGCACCUUCCGGAUAAUUCCCUACCCACUGGAGAAGGGUCACCUGUUUUACCCCUACCCAGGAUGCACAGAAACAGCAGAUAGAGAACUGCUGCCCUCAUUCCACGAGGUGUCUGUGUACCCGAAGAAAGAGCUUCCCUUCUUCAUCCUCUUCACAGCAGGCCUUUGCUCCUUCACUGCCAUGCUGGCCAUGCUCACACAUCAGUUCCCUGAGCUCAUGGGUGUCUUUGCCAAAGCAUUCUUCAGCACACUGUUUGCACCGCUGGGUUUCUUCGCAGACAAGAUGGAAAACUUCAUGCCGUCCAGUUUUUGGCACCAGCUGACUCGAAUCUGACCCCAUCACACACACACACGCGCGCACACACACACACACACACACACACACAUACACACAACGAACAUAGAGACACACAUACACACACCAAUACCACUCCAAACCCUUCAAACAAAAAGUGUUUGCUCUCCUGUCUUCAGCAUUACUGUCCACUUGCUGCAUUGUUACUGAUUAUGUUGGCUGAGGUUGUAUCAACACGGCAAUACCGCUCUUAAGAUGCUCUCCCACACUGUUCCCGCAGCCACAGUUUCUCCAAGAGCACAAUUAGGCAAUACCAUUUGCAACGAUUUCACAGGGUCGUUCACUUGUCCUUAUGUUAGCACUGGGCAAGUGUAAAGACGUUUUUAAUUAUCCCACAAAGCCCGGCUGCAGAUUUAUUUAGUACAAAAAUCUAAUUAGGAAUUCUUCAGAGGCACCUCUCACUUCCAUCGCUCUAAUUAAUGAAAUCACCAAGCUAGAACGACAUGUUUUUAAUACUUCUCUAACGUCUGUUUAAUCGGAUGAGUUAGUUUUAACCAGUGUGUUACUGACAACAGGAACAACAUGUACAUUAAUAUGUCUCUUGUAGAAUAUGUUUACCGAUACGACUCAAUUAUUUCUGUGAGUCACGAAAGAUCCCAUGGGGUAUUUGGAAUGGUAACCUAUGUGUCCCGUGUCAACCCUCAGUGCCCCGCAGACAUCCAGUGGGGCAGAUUUAAACGUCUGUAAGGCCUCCUAAAAACAGAGCUGUGAUUUACAGCCUCGAAGUGCCUGCAGUGUAUACAACGCCUCUGCAGUUUAACAGUUGUUACCAUGGCAUGACACCUCGGCACUAUAUCACCGGGGCAGCCGACGCCCCCGCAACAUCGAAAGGUAAAUGGGAUCAUAUUUAGUGACAGUUAGGCCUCACAUGGCAUUGCUCAUUUCUGCUGAUCGCACAACAGAUACAGAACGUUAUUUGUGCGUUUCUUUAGCCAACUUAACAAAAAAACGAGGCACACUGAGAAUCAACUGGCACAGGCAAUGUAACCAUAACUGUAAUACAUGAGAUUACAGCUCUUCUAAAUACACCGGCGAGCCCUCAGAGAAGCACUUAGACAUAGAGGGGCAAGAGUAACAGACAAGCACAGCAAGAAUUGUCCAAAGUAAGAAUUAUUUUACUUUAUAUGUACAACAUCACUUGCUCUGACUUUGACUGUUCAUUUUGCCAGACGUGCUACACAUGUUGAUUCUUCUGUGACUGGUUUAGUUCUGACAUCUCUGUGAAAGAUUGACGCCUCUCUGUUUUAUCAAUUCAAAGAUGCCAGCAUCACUUUGUUGUAAAUUAUAAUGUAAAAAACUGACUGAUAAUGUAAAAACGUGUCAGAAACAAAUGUGCCUGGUUGGAAAACGUAAAAUAUGUCAAAUUUAAUGGUUAAAGUUUAUUUAAAAAAAAAAAAAAAAAAACAUUAACUGUUGUCCACUUAGAUGUGGAUGAUGAGAAUAUAAUGCCACAUCCUCCCACGUUUGUAUUACAUUAACAGGUUUGUUACAUUUUAAACCACUUAAGGCAGACAUGUUUACUUUACUUUGUCAAGUUAUGAUACGUGACAGUUAUUACAUUAUUAGCCGCUAUGACAACAUAGAGUCCAUGCCCAGGGUGACAUUAUACUGUCAACUCUUCACUCAACAUUUAAUUAAAAACAUGUGAUAAUAAAGUGCCUUUUAGUACAUCACACUAUUCAUGCACACCAAUUUUGCAUUUACAAUAUUGAUAUCUGUCUACUGGCAACUUUGUUACAUUUUGAUGGAUUCAAUUUGAUAAAUAGAGCGUUCAAAAAAUGUAAUUUAAUUUAUUUGAAUUGUUGAUUGUCCAAUGAUUAGCAUUAUUAGGUACAGCAGCCAAGUAACAAUGGCAAACAUACUUGUGAAAAAGUAGAAGAAAGGGCAAGCUGGGUAUGAUGUAAUGGCACAUAACAAAUGUGUGUUACUACAGUAUGUUGCAAAUUUGGAUCAUAUUUUUUAAUAUGAUCUACUCUAAACGACAAAGAUUCUGUUUUGCCUCUCACUCUGGUCUGUAAUAUGUCUGUUUAAAUUUGUGACACUUGAAAUGUGAAACGUUAUAAUGUGCAGCCGAAAUGUACACGAGUACAUGCUGAAGACAGGAGAAUGUUUGAAAAAUUGUAACUCCCCUUGGAUGAGUUUGAAAGCAAAACUCACAAUAAAUUUCUCUUUCAGUGUAACCUC